CAAGAGAUGUUCCUAGGCAAUGGCAUACGGCGCUAGCACCACCAUAGACCAACUGGGAGGUCUGAAUUCCAAGCAGAAAUUGAAACUGAAGCGAGUUCUUGGAUCUCCGUUUAAGUCCCCAGGAAUAAAAUUAACGGAAUCUUCUACAGUAACAAAAGACGAUACUUUGAAAAGUCCUACACCACCAACUCGAACUAAUACUAAUACUACUGAUUCGGAGACUUCAAGUAUACAUGAUGCUCGAGCAGUGCCGAAUAGUGUACCAAUGGAAACAUCUUCUAGUUUGAAUCAGACUCAGAGUCUGAAUCAUGCUCUGAGUAAUCAAAAGCAGAUUAUAACUUGUCCAAUUUGUAAUGAAGAAAUGGUAAGUCUUUAUCAAUUAAAUCAACAUAUAGAUGAUACUCAUUCCAGUGACUCAAAUACUUCUGCUGAAAUUAAGAGAAUCUCUCCAAAGAAAAAACUGAUAAAGAUGGAUUUAUUUGAUAAUAAUAAAGGUUUUAGUUUAAGUGAUGUAUCAGAAAGUUCAGUAACUCCACCACCACAAACUAUUUCUCGAAAUGGAAAUAAUAAUUCUCCAGCUCAUCAUAUUCAACAUCAUCAUUCUGGUCCCAAGAGUCGAAUAACUCGUUCUCAUUGGAAACAACAAUCUACAUUGACUACUUCAUCAAUAUGUUCAUUCCCUACAUGUAAUAAAACUCUUAAUAUUAAGAAUGGUAUAACUAAUUGUCGAAAAUGUGGAUUAUUAUUUUGUAAUGAACAUUCUGCUUAUAAAAUCAAAUUAAUAAUGCCUUUAGAUGGUGGAAAUUUACCUAUUUAUGAUAGUACUGGUGAAGGUACAUGGUGUAAAUCUUGUCAAACUUGUUAUUAUGAUAAACCAGACUUAAAACAAGGAACAGCUGCAUGGUCGAGAGAUUUAACUUCUCAAUUUAAACAAAAGAGACAAGAAAGUUCCGAUGAAAGUCUGUUGAAUAGAAAUAAGAUUCAAAAACGAUUCAUUAAAUUAACUAAUUAUCUUGCUGAAUCCAAUACAAAGAAAUCUACUCAAUCAUUUGUAUCUGCUGCAGUAGCUGAUUGGUGGAAAAAUGGUACUAGUAAUAGAGGAGGAGUUUCAAAUAUAGAUGAAGCUGAAAAAGAAAUUUCAGGACUUGAUAAUUGGCAAGAUGAUACUGGUAUAAGUAAUUGUUCCAUAUGUUUUGUUAAAUUUAGUCUUUUAUUAAGAAAGCAUCAUUGUCGAUUAUGUGGGAAAAUAGUAUGUGAUGAUCCAUAUGGAUAUCGGAAAAGUUGUUCUAUUGUUGUUCCACUUUCAAAUUUACUUCAAAGAUUACUGAAUUUGAAUUAUUCUAAAUAUGUUAAAUCUAAUUGGGAAACAACAUUAAAUGAUGAAAAUCUUAAAUUUCGAUGUUGUGUGGACUGUAAAAAUGCAUUAUUAUAUGAUUGGAAAUUAAAUCAUGUUAGUACUAAUUCUGAUGAAGAGUUAAUAUUUAAUACCUAUGAAUUAAAAUUAAUUCAAAAACAUCAGAUUGAAAUUCUUUUACAAAAAUAUGAACAAUUAGUUAGAGCUAAUAAUAAUGUGGAAGAAGAAAUUAAAGUUGGUAAUAAAUUAGUAAUUCAACUUAAAGAAUUUGAACAACUGACGAUUCAAUUCCGUGAUAAAUAUUUUAAUGUAGAAGAUGGGAAACUUAAUGUUAAAAUUGUUUAUGAGACUUAUAAAAGACUUAUUAUGAAUAUUCAUCAAACUUUUGUAAUAUUCCUUCAAGAUAGUAUUAUUCAAUAUAAACAAUUAAAUGAUAUCCAUCGUGAUCGAGAAGAAGCUAAAUUAAAAGAAGUUGAACAAAAGAAACAAGAACAAGUACCUAGUUUAUCUAAGAAACAAAUUCGUGAAUUACGAGAACAAUUAAUGGUAAUGAAUGAACAAAAAUUUAUGGUAGAAUCUUUGAUUCAAGAAUAUACAAAAGCUCGAAGAUUUGAUGAAUUACAAGCAUUAAUAGAGAAUAAGAAAGAACUUGCAGAAGUUAUAGAUAAGUUAGAACUUCAAUUAGGAGAAUUUGGAUUUUAGAAAUUAUUUAAAUUAUUUAAAUUAUUUAAAUUAAAUUAAUUA